GCUGGAACAUAACAUGCUAUCUAUUAGCAUCAUGCAGCUAACACGUAGCUGUAGGUGUGUGUGCGUUGUGAAGUGGAAAACUACUUCAGAGUAGUGGGUCUAAAACCUGCGACAGGAGGAGGCAGUGUGAGCUCUCCACGUUGCUGCCAGCCUGCAGCAUGCAAAUUGGAGAAGAAGAAGAGAACGUCAACAGAAGGGUGACCUGUCAUGAUCAGUGUAUUUAGCUCAGAGGUGAGAGUGAGAUUGAACUGCUGAUGGCAGCACUGAGCAGGAUCUGUCCAGGGUUAGGAUCCUGCACACUGCGCGGUCAGAGAGCAGCAGCAGCAGCAGCAGCAGCCUGCUCUCUGCUCCCCAAACCUCAACAUGCACACACCGGUAACACCUGCAAACUACGGUGGCCGAGAGCAACUUCCACCCUGCAGGCCAGAGCUGUCUCACUCUGUGCCCGCAGGUUGAAGAGAGAGGAUGGACAGCAAACAGGCUUCACGGACGAGGAGGAGGAGGAUGGAGAUUUCAUCGAGGACAGUGAGGUGGAGGAGCUGUUCCAGCAGCAGGGCCCUGAAGGCACCACGGGGGGACAACACAGGGUCUUCAUCGUUCAGCCUGAUGUGAAGUGGGGCAGCAGGAAGCAGCAUCUGACCACAGCCGAGCUGAUGAUGGCCGAGGCCGUGGGGCUCGUCAACACUUUAGACAGCUGGAGAGUGGUGGACAAGAUCAUCCUCUCCACCAAGACUCCAGAGAAGAAGAGGAUCUUUGGCAAAGGCAACUUCCAGUCCCUCACAGAGAAAAUCAGACAAACAGCAGGAAUCACUGCUGUGUUUGUGAACGUUGAGCGUCUGUCUCCAUUGUCUGAGAGGGAGUUUGAGGAAGCGUGGGGAGUUAAAGUCUUCGACAGAUACUCGGUGGUCCUUCACAUCUUCCGCUGCAACGCCAGAACCAAAGAAGCCAAGUUACAGAUCUCUCUGGCCGAGAUUCCCUUGUUACGAUCUCGUUUGAAGAAUGAAAUGGGAAACAUGGAUCAGCAAGGUGGAGGAUCAAGAUACAUCGGCGGUUCAGGUGAGACACUGUUUGAGGUCCAGCAGCGGCUGCUGAAGGAGCGCGAGUUAAAGAUUCGCUCAGCCCUGGAAAAACUGCGCAGGAAGAGGCACCUGCUGCGUUCUCAGCGCAAACGUAACGAGUUCCCCAUCGUCUCUGUGUUGGGAUACACAAACUGUGGGAAAACCACUCUGAUCAAAGCUCUGACUGGGGACAGCGCUCUCCAGCCCAGAAACCAACUCUUCGCCACCCUGGAUGUCACGGUCCAUGCCGGCCAGCUUCCCAGCCGCAUGACGGUUCUGUAUGUGGACACCAUCGGCUUCCUGUCCCAGCUGCCCCACCAGCUCAUCGACUCCUUCUCGGCCACCCUGGACGAUAUCAAACACUCUGAUCUGUUGAUUCACGUCAGAGACAUAAGUCAUCCAGAGGCGGUGAAUCAGAAGGUGAACGUCCUGAAUGUCCUCAAGAACCUCAAGGUCCCCGACAGGCUGACGAGCUCCAUGAUAGAAGUCCACAAUAAAACUGAUCUCGUAAACAAUUAUCAGUGUGCAGAGCCUGAGGCACUACCCGUAUCUGCCCUGCAAGAGCGAGGCCUAGACGAGCUGAAGGAGGUAGUGGAAGAAGAGAUCGUAAACUCCACUGGGAAACGCAUUUUAGAUCUGAAAGUCAACCUCAGCACUUCUCAAUUAAGCUGGCUUUACAAAGAGGCUGUCGUUCAGGACGUGCAGGUGAACGCAGACGACGGCUCGGCUGUCGUCAAGGUUCUCAUCAGCACCGCAGCUUACGGACGCUACAAGAAGCUGUUCCCGGGCAGAUAGCAGAGUACGGGGCAGAAGUACUGAAGUGUUCCAUGUGGGUCAAAGAGACAUUAAAAGAAUGUAUUGUACAUUGUAUUCAAAUAAAUGAAAAUAAUAAUUUA